AUGAAGCACCUCGCGGCAUACCUCCUCUUGGGUCUCGGUGGAAACGCCUCCCCUUCCGCCGCCGAUGUUAAGGCCGUCCUUGAUUCUGUUGGCAUCGAGGCCGACGAUGAGCGUCUUGAUAAGCUCAUCUCCGAGCUCGACGGCAAGGACAUCAACGAGCUGAUCUCUGAGGGAUCUGCCAAGCUCGCCUCAGUUCCAUCUGGUGGCUCCGGUGGCGGUGCUGCCGCCGCUGGUGGCGCCGCUGCUGCUGGUGGUGCUGCUGACGCGCCCGCCGCUGAGGAGAAGAAGGAAGAGGAGAAGGAGGAGUCCGACGACGACAUGGGCUUCGGUCUCUUCGACUAA